AUGACUGAACCGAACGAGCAAUAUUUCCACACAAAAAAAAGAUAUAAAAAAUCUCAUUGUGAUAUCCAAAACUUCAUUCCGGGACAGGUGUUUUCCUAUAAAUCAAUCGACGCAGUUAUCAAGCAGGAUGAAGUAGUCAACUAUCCAACUGAAUUUCUGAAUUCGCUGGAAUUUCCUAAACUACCACCUCACAAUUUGAAAUUAAAAGUAGGCUCACUGAUCAUCAUGUUGCGUAACAUUAAUCAACCUCGACUAUCCAAUGAAACGGGACUGGCUGUGAGAAAGGUAUUGAAUAACGUCAUCGAGGCAACGAUCAUCAAGAGUAAAGCCAAAGGGGAGGGUAUUUUAAUUCCGCGUAUCCCGAUGAUUUCAACGGCCUUGCCAUUCGAUUUUAUGCGGCUGCAAUUCCCCGUGCGUUUACUCUUCACUACUAACUAA